GAUUCAUACAGCGCACAUAUACGAGAUUGUUCCACAGAUAUUUUUACUCGAGACUUACUGCAAUUUUAAAAUUAAAGACUAGUGACACAAAUUGUGUGAACGGCAAAACUCGGCGCGUUAACUUUGUGUUGUGACGAUUCGAGACAGUGACGAUAUUUCCGGCGUGUGAAAUUCGGCGAAAAUCUGAUCCUACUGCCCUUCCAAUUUCGGUGGACCAGGCAUUGAUUCUCCUAAAAGAUAGUAGCAGUCCAAAGACGAAAAUGUCGAAUCCGUUCGCCUUUACGAUACAAGACUUCCCAAAUUAAAAUCGCAGUCAAAAUGGAAAUUGUGAAAAGGUUUUUACCCUUUACGCUGCUAUUUAUACUUCAGCAUCGAGGAUUGCUGUGCCAACACAAAGCCGAAAAAACAAGAACAGAGAAUGACGACGUUUACCAAAUUAAUCGCACAUAUAAUUUAGAUAUAUCCAAAGAGUUGCGUCCAUUUAGCAAUAUUGAAGACGACGAAAUAAGAGACAUCUUUAAUCCAGAUUAUUAUAAUCCAAGAAUAAGGUAUUUUAGAACUAAAAGGGGUAAUCCGACCGAUAGUUUAGCAACAAUUAGGAAAAAAUUAAAUGAUGGAAAAAGAAAAGAAGAAAUGAUGGCCGCUGAUGCUGAUGCUCGAAUGGAACCGAAUGAUACGGAUUCGGCGAAAAAGGCAGAAGCUCAUUCCGAUUAUGGACAUAAACAAAGAAAGACGAACGUGGAGCAAUUGUAUAACAGAAACAACGACAAAAUUAGGAUCCUUCAUCAACAGCACGCCGUGGAAAAACUGCAUGAAUUCGAAGCUGGAGUCGACUGCGAUUUCGAGAAUGAUUGCGUUUGGACGUGGCGGAAAGAUAUUGCGAACGGAUUCUUUAUCACCUCUGGCACGAAGUACGGACUCAACGAAACGGGGCCCAGAACGGAUGCUGAUAAUAGCGAAGGAGGAAGUUUCCUUCUCCUGAGGCCUACUCUCAAGGCAACAGAAUUCCACGUGCAUAGUCCCCCUUUUGCACCCACGGUUUCGUCUUGCAAAUUUGCAGUUUCCAUUUAUCAAGAAAAAAUGGAAGGUGGUAUGCUCCGUAUCGUCGGAAGCAAAGCAGAGGAGAACACGCAGUGGUUACUGAAAAGUAUUGAUGGAGAUAACAGCAAGCGGUGGCGCAGAUAUGAAAUGUCAGUGGGGAAGAUAUCCAAAAAUUUUACAAUUAUUUUAGAAGCUGUUCCUUCCGAUAAUUUAGAGGAAGGUGCUGUUGUGGCGUUUGAUAAUAUUCAACUAUUUCAAUGUUACCAUAAAAAUGAUGAUUCGUGUUCAUCACUUCAAUAUAAAUGUAAAGCAACGAAAAUUUGUAUUAACAGCACUAGUAUUUGUGAUAUUACUAAAGAUUGUAUGCUUGGCGACGAUGAAGCACAGAAUUGCGAUCAAAUGCCUUUCGGAGCUCGAUGCAACUUCGAGGACGAUUGGUGCGGUUGGCAAAAUGUUGACGUUAAGGUUUUGGAAUGGAUCCGGCAUAACGGAUCGACACCUACAAAUUUCACAGGGCCCAAUUACGAUCAUACGUAUAAAAAUAGUACUGGCAAGUACCUCUAUGUAAAUAUGUUGGCAGAUAAAACCCAGUUUGCAACGUCUGCAACUAUAAGAAGUGUCGACUUUAAUCCACCACCACGAGUUCAUGGCAAUUCUUCGUCUAGAUAUUACAAUUCGUGUGCUAUUCGGUUUUAUCUUCAUAAGACUGGAAAACAUAAAAGCGCUAUUUUAUUACAAAUUACAGAACUCAGACCGCAUGAAAACGUUUCCACAGAAAUGUUAUGGAGUUUCAAUGACCAUGGUGAUCAAUGGGUUAGACAAGUCAUUAUUUUACCAAAUAUUACUUAUAGGUAUUUUAUUCGAUUUGAAGCCAGAAAAGGUAUUAGAUAUAUAAGCGACAUUGCCAUCGAUGAUGUGUCGCUGAGUCCCGAAUGUUUUGGACUUAAUAUACCGAAAGAGGAUCUAAAUGGUUACAACUACUGGGAUAAUAGAGAACACGAAGGUCUCAAAGAAACUAACAAAGCAUUUGUUAAUAAAACAAUAUAUAAGAUAUCAAGCUGCAAUGGAAGAGGAAGAUAUGGACCAACUCAACCAGAUUGUUCAAAAGCAUAUAACAAUACCCCAGUGCACAUCAAAGUGGUCCAUGAACCAGGAUUAACAGGAGUACAAAAAUGGACUGUUCCAAAGACAAAUUAUUAUACAUUCAUACUGACUGGUGCUAGCGGCGGCAAAGGAAGUUCUUCAAUGGGAUCGUCAAGAGGCGCCAUGCUUAGGACUGUGAUGGAGCUGACAGCAGGCACAGAAAUUUAUUUACUUAUCGGCCAAGAGGGAACUAGUUCCUGUGUUAAGAGUCUUGGUGCCCAGAGAAAUUCCUCCUGCCAUUCGAAUCAAAGUUUUGGUACUGGAAUUAGAGGGGUUUUGAAUUUAAAUAUUAAUGAUAGUGGUGGAGGUGGUGGAGGUGGAACAUUUAUAUUUUUGCGUAACCGAAGCAAAGAAAAGUUUCCACUAGCUAUAGCUGGAGGAGGAGGCGGUUUGGGCUUAGGGCACUUCAGCGUUGAUAAUGUGGAACAACAUGGCCGUGGUCUUACUAAGGUUAGACAACCUUAUACGGGAAAUAUGUAUGGAAGCAGAACUGCUGGUGCUGGAGGUGGAUGGAAAAUGUUUCAGGGAAUGGUAGAUCCAAUGCAUAAAGUUAUGAUGGGCAGUUCGUUAUUAGCUGGUGGUAUUGGAGGCAAAGCUUGUUAUAAUUCCACUGACGAACGUGGUGAUGGAGGCUUUGGAGGUGGAGGUGGUGGUUGCGUAUAUGGUGGUGGAGGUGGAGGGUUUGCAGGAGGAGAUUCACCUUCACAGAACUCAACUAACGGCGAAGGAGGAUAUUCGUAUCUCGAUUUCUCCAAAGCUUUAAAACAUCUUACAGCUGUGGAAACCGGUUACAAUGCUGGACCUGGAUACGUUCUUAUUAUUCCCGGUACCGAAGGCUGUGGAUGUGAUUACAAAUGUAUAGCACUGGAUGUUCAAAGAUCAGAUGUUACUUGUAUUUGUCCCACUCGAUGGAUUUUGACUGAUGAUCACAAAACUUGUAAACCUCUCGCUGAUCUGCCACUUGAACAACCGUAUCCAACUUGGUUUGUGGUAGUGCUCAUAGUUACAGUAUUUUGUCUGACUGUUGCAUUCGGAGUAGUCUGUUUCGUAUUAUAUAAUCGUUAUCAACUGAGAGCAACGGGCAUCAUGAGAAGAAAAAUGUUCUCUGGGCCAGACCUUCAACUAGACAGACUUCGCGUAGCGUCAGACAGUAUGAUGACAGAGUACAAUCCAAAUUAUGAAUUCGGCGGUGUAGUCUACACACUCAAAGAUCUCAAAGAUAUUCCAAGAGAACAGCUCCGUCUAGUGAAAGCUUUAGGACAAGGAGCAUUUGGUGAAGUUUAUCAAGGCUUCUACAGACAGCGUCCAUGUGACACUGUUGAGAUGCCAGUAGCAGUAAAAACUCUUCCGGAAAUGUCAACAUCUCAAGCUGAAAUGGAUUUCCUGAUGGAAGCUCUUAUAAUGUCUAAAUUCAACCAUCCUAAUAUUGUUCAUUUCAUAGGAGUGUGUUUUGAUAAACAUCCUAGGUUCAUCGUACUGGAGCUACUGGCAGGAGGGGAUCUUAAGAACUUUCUCAGGGAAUCUAGGCCUAAGCCGGAAAGAGCCAGUCCUCUGACAAUGAAAGAUUUAAUUUUGAUAUCGGUUGACGUAGCAAAAGGGUGCAAAUAUUUGGAAGACAACAGAUUUAUACACCGGGAUAUCGCUGCUCGAAACUGUCUUCUUACAACAAAAGGUCCUGGAAGAGUCGUUAAGAUAGCCGAUUUCGGAAUGUCAAGGGACGUUUACAGGUCUGAUUACUACAGAAAAGGCGGAAAAGCCAUGUUACCUAUAAAAUGGAUGCCACCGGAAGCAUUUCUUGAUGGCAUUUUCACAAGCAAGACUGAUGUUUGGUCAUUUGGGGUUCUUUUGUGGGAAAUCAUGUCCAUGGGGUAUAUGCCUUAUACGGGCUGUGCAAAUAGGGAUGUCAUGCAAUUAGUCACUAGUGGCGGAAGGUUAGAGGCGCCAGCUAAUUGUCCAGGUCCAAUUUAUGGAAUAAUGACACAAUGCUGGCAUCCAGCUCCAGAACAGAGACCAACUUUUGGUACAAUUCUAGAAAGGUUAGGUUACUGUACGCAAGAUCCUCAAGUAAUGAAUGCUUCUUUGCCCGUAUUUCAGCGCCCUCCAUCCUACGAAAGAGAUACGACGGUCAUGAGACCUUCAGGUUCGGAAGAGAAUUGUUUACAGGUUAUACCUGCAUCCUCAGACUAUCUAAUACCAAAUCACAUAAACCCCACCACUCCUGACCAAAUUGAAUCGACUUCUUCAGUCGAAAAAUUGUUACCGGAUAAUUCGGACAAUUGGGAAACCUCGUUUAUUAUGCCACACUCGAGGUCAACGCAGCCCUUACUCUUGGAUAAUAUAAAGGAAGAUGAGGCUGCUACAUCUGUGGAGAAACUACUGUCAAUCGAAAACACCACAUCAAAUACCAAAGUAUCUCCGAUGUCACUACCAGGAAACAUCAUGUCGCAGACUAAUCACAAUAAUAACACAAGUAACGACUACAGUCUUAAAUCAGGAGUUUCUCUGGAUGCUGCUGCUUUGGCCAAAAAAGCUAUGUCACCACAAGGUAAUAAAUAUGCCAACAUCACCACUGGAGAUGCACCAACGAGUAAUGGUAUACUACAGAAUGACGCAUUCGCUAAUCAUAUAGGUGGCACACAGAAAACGGAGAUAAAUUGUUAAGUUUGGGCUUAGACGGAUGGUUUUUAGUUCUAAAUAUAUUAAAAUAAAUAGUUUACUAUUUCCACCUACAAGUGUGCUAUUUGUAAAAUGUCUUCUAUUGCUGGCGAAAUAUGUUGUUAAAAAUGUGUAGUUCAUGGUUUUUUGUCAUUAGGUUGUUAUAUACCAACAAUGUCUCCAUACGAGCGUGAACAUUGUGGGACAUCCCAAGAAAGAGGUAUACCACAGAAUAAAAAACAAUUAUUAUUGUUAUUUGUUCUGUGAUUAGGUAUACCACCUACUAUGUAUUCUAAAAAAUAAACCGAUCCACCGUCAUGUUUGAUAUGACUUUUAACGUAAAAUCUAACAUUUGAAGUAGCAUAUUAACCAGUAAAGAAAUCAUAGACAUAAUCAGAAUUAUUUUUAUUAUUUCUAUGAAAGAAUUGGUCUGAGUUUUAUCAACGAAUAUAGACCCAUAUGCGUCUAUAUUCCUUGGUUUUAUUUUAGUAAAAACUGUCUUUAAUUUUCACAUAAUAAUACCUAUUUAAAUUAGUAUUAUGGCACUUGGUAACAAAGCUUUAUUUGUUUUAAAUCAUACCUACUGUAAGUUAUGGCUCAGAUUUAAGAAUUCUCAACUAGGACUUUGCUUAGAAGACAGUUGCUUAGGUACCUAUAUAUUUCAAAACAUUUUGACUUAUGAUAGUGUGCAAGACUCUAUGGUAACAGUAGGUGGAAUUCGAAUUUUUCAAUAUAUGUAUUUAGAACUGAAAAUUCAUUGGGCUUAUCAGGGCAUAUCGAUGUGUAAAUUGAGUAAAGUUUCUAGAUUUUUUACAUCAGCACCAAUACAUGUUCUGAAACAUUUUGGAAAAAAAUCUGUUUUGUACAGAAUGUAAAGUUAGUAAAAUAUAGGGUAAGGAAUUUUUCUAAUCGGAGAAAUUUUGUACAGAUAAUGUAGUUAGAUUCUGAUUCUGGGAGAAGUUUAAGAAUUAAAAAUACGGAUCGAAAGGAAAUUGUUAUCAAAUUAGUUUUUACAAAAUAAAAACACAAAGUGGGCAUAAAAGUAUAAUAAUGUAUUAUGGAAUUACUUAAAUAAAAAAAAUACAACAAACUAUAUUAGCCAGCUUUUAAAUUUUUUUUUUAAUAAAAAGCAAACAUAUUUAUUAGUUUUCUGUCUUAGUUUAUUGGAUAGGGAUCUUCUUCUUACUCAGAAUCACAUUAGCCAAAAAUGUUUUAAUAAAAGUCAUUAUUGUCUACCUCAAGUGUCCAAUUUUGUUGAGAAUUAAGUUCUUUAUGUUAUAGCACAAGAAAAAAAUUUAAUAGAAUUGAAGAAACCAGGACUGAAGAUUUGAACAUUUAGCACGGGCAAUACAAUAUUAAAUAUACGGGUCGAUCAAUUCAAGCAAUUACUUUUGCUCCGAAGUAGAAUAGUAGAUAUUUUCACAGAAAACCAAACACUCCCUCCCAAAAUUUGCUUCAAUUGUAGAAGUACAGGACACAAUCAUACGUGUCAAGAACAACCGAUCCUUCAAUCUAAUAUCUAUUAUCCCUAUAAACUAAAUAAAGCUACAGCAUAAUUGUCAAAAUUUAGGACGAAAAAUAAAUAUGAGAAUAAUGGAAAAAAACUAAGAGUAAAGACAGGCUAAGGCUUAUGUGACAUAUUGUGGACGAAUACGCUAGGCAUUGGCGGAAAAAUGAGCAACUGUUAAAAAUAGAUAGGAACGACUGGAGCAAUAGAUUAUGAAAAGUAAAAGCUGAUCAGGCUGUAAUAUAUUACAUAUAUGUAAUACUAUGUGGCAUAGAAGCCUGGACAUUGACAAUUAGCUGUUACGACUCGUGGAAAACUUUGAGAUGAGGAUAUUGCGCCGCAUUCUAAAAAUUCCAUAGACUGACUAUGUUAGAAAUGAAGAAAUUUUAAGAGGUAUGAAUAGAGAUAGUAAACUUUUUUGGACGUUGAAAUUAAGAUAAUAGAGGUCGCUCAUAUUGUAAGUUAUAUUGUAAAGAGCUCAGACCUUCCAUACUCCCACAUAAACGAUCUUCUGUGAAUACCUCAGUGCUAUUUUUGACGCUUUCGGCUAAGCGUUUACGUAUGCUGUGGAUAACAUUUUGAGUUGAGCGUUACUACAAGUACUUGAACCUUUUCCUCGCUGCAUCGCGCGUCGAUGAUACUCGCUCUUUGGUUUUUCUUGAACUUCACUGCGAAUUCUUUGAUUACUUUUCAAUAGUUCCCCUUUAUCUUCGGAAGUAUCAUCUGUUUCCCUUUAUCUUCGGAAGUAUCAUCUGUAACGUGAUCCAGUUCUGUAUUUCCUGAUAAUUGAUGCCGGCUUAGUGCUCUUCAUUGUUUGUUUGUUCCUUGUCUAUGUUUGUUUCACGAGACGCUAGCUAAUUCAUGAUUAUUCUCGGCAGAGCCUGCAUGUCUGAAGGAGUCUAAUAAGAUCUGGCUGUCAUAUGAUAUCCAUACUGAUAUCUCACAGAAGGGUCGACGACUGAGCAUGAAAAGUCCCUAGUCCCUGCAUCAUGACAAGGUCUCAUUAAAAGAAAAACGUUGGAUUGUAUAAUAAAUUUACGCAACAACGAUGAAUAGUGAAUUCCAAGGAAAAACAAAAGGGAGAAGAGAGACGGAAUUAUCUAAUAUUUUAUAUAAACAAUAAUAUUAGUUAUACUGAUUUGUUCAAUGAAAAAUGUUCAUUAUGUGUUAAUUAUAGUUUUCUCUUAUUCACAAGAAACAACACAGAAAACAGAUGAAAAAAAUAGAGAAAAUGAUCCGGUUGAAAAGAACAUCGCAAAAAUUAAACAAAAAACAAACUUUAUAAAAAGAUCUUUCGAGCUAACAUCAUUUUAGAAUUGAGAAGUUGCCACCAACAUUGUUUUUUAAGAAGGACAUACAAGGAUCAAAGAAAAUAUGAAUGAAUAAACUUCUUAAAAACUAACAAGUAUUUUUACCACUCAUACAUAAUAAAUCGAAAAUAUAAACUGUGAGAAGUGACACAAUUUAUGUAUGAUGCUGAUGCAUUCAAUGAUAUAUCCGUAUUAUGAAUAAUAUGUGUUUGUUAUAAUGUAUUACUAUAUUUAAUGCACUUUUUGUUACAAUAUUUAUUUAAGUAAUUUCAUAUUCAUUGUAAGUACAAAAAAGUCAUAAAUGAUUUAACACAAAAAUACUGUACUGCCUAUAAACUGAAGACAGUGGUUGAUUUCUAGCGCAACUUGACUAAUUUUUGUAUUUUUGAUAUGUGCUAUUAUGUUUACAAAAGCGUUAGAUUCUUUUGCUCAAUUUAUGUACAUAAAGGUCUAUAUCAAAUAUAUUACGUUGAUUCGCUUAAUCAGAAAUUAUAUUUGUUGAUAAAGGAUAAAAAAUAACAGUAAGAUUUCGAGUUUAGAUUAGAUAAUAAACAAAAAGUUCGUUGUUCUCUAUAUUGUGUUAGUACGACAAGCCUACAAAAACAAGUUUAUUUUAUUGCGAGUAUAGUUUAAAAUAUCUUUUCAUUUAAUAAGAAAAUUGUAUAAUUGUUUCUUUAUAAGAAAAUUCUACAAGUAUUUAAGUAUGUCUUUUAAAGGGAUUUUGUUUCUCCUUUAUAGCUGUCUACCUACGGCACUUUUCGUUCAUUUACGGCAUCAUUUGAAAACAUUGCUUAUUCCUCUCCUUGAUUGACAGGAAAAUUUUUAUAUUUUCUUCCAUUCUUACAAGAAUCACUGCGUUGGCCUUAUAUUGUGUUCAGGAGACAAGGAGCAUUAUACAGUCCAUAGACAUACAUUUCAGGAAAAAAGUUCCUGUUUGAAGUUCGAAAAAGAAAUUCUUAUAGGUACCAUCAUGUAUUGUGUUUAUAUUAUCAUCGGUGUCACAAAAACCCACCGCGUUAAAUUUUAACUAAUAUAGGUAUAUCUCGAUGUAUUUGUUAGUACAUACCUUGUAGAAUUUAAUCUCUUGUUGUAUGUGCAAGUAUUCUUUUUCUAGGUUCAGUCGAGACUCUUUAAUAUCUGGCACUUGGUCAUAAGAUCUUUGUAUCAAACCCUGUUUUUUCCAAUAAACUCCACGAAGUCCUGUCGCCUUAGCAAAGGCCAACAGUUUCUUUAUCGGUAGUUUAAGGAUCUCUUCUUGUUCAAUCAUCAGUUGACCAAUGAAUUCCUGCCUCAUAUCACUUAGAACGUUGCAUCAUGGUUGAUUCACCUUACCUAUUUUGUAUGUGUUUUCUUUAACGAAAAGGUCCAGUCACAAUUUCGGUGAUCGUUUUAAUUUCCCGUUUAUUGACUAUUGAGAUUCAUCAAAUUGUCCAAGAGCUUUUAAUAAUAGGUACUCUUAAGUAUUUCCUAGUCUCGAUUUAGUUUCUCUGGAGUGGCUCUCCAUUCCUUUUGAUCAUUCCUUAUCAGCCACUUCUCAGCCCCAUUCAUACAGCAUCUUUAGUGAUGCCACACAAUAGUUCUGGACCUACAAAAUUUUCUCCCGAUCCUUGUUUUGCCAACAAAUCUGAUCGUUCAUUCCCAUGCACACCUUCAUGGCCCGGCACCCAAAUUAAAUACACUUUAUUGUCUUCUGCCAUGCUGUUGGGGAGAUCUUUGCAAUUCCUCACCAGUAUUGAUUUGGUGAGUGAGUUCUUUACGGCUAAAGUAGCCACUAUGUGCAGUGAUCCAUUUAAUUAGUAAUUCCUCUGACUUUUUCCUCUAAAAAUUUUCCAUUUUUUCAUUAAGUACAGGUUAUCUAUUCUCCCUUGGACAAUAUAUUGUACUCAAUUCCGCUGGCUGUACAUUCCAGUUUGGGCGCUUUCUAUUCUUCUUAUAAUUUCCUUCUACUUGUACUGUCAAAUAUGCUAACCAGCUAGCAAAACUCCUAUCAAUUUAUGUUUAGUUUCUAUCUACCUUAUAUUAUUUAUUUAAAGGUUACUUUAGAAAAUUACUUUAGUUUUACUAAGCAACUAAAAGUACCGCCUAACGCAAUUGAUCAUCCUGGGGAAGAUUGAAGGAAAACGGGAGUCUCGGUACAUCCGUCUCGGUAAACAUCUUUGUUAGAGCCGCAUUGGACAGAGACAGAUUUGGUAGUGUAGGACUAACCUCCACUAAACGAGACAGCACCUACUCAAAAAGAAGAAGAAGUGUUACUUUACAUUAUGCCUACCUACAUUAGUUUUUUUCAUUGCUUUGACAUCACAAUAAUUUCUUUUAGGUUGUGUACAUUAUAUCCCAAAUUACAAAUAAAAGGUUUGUAUAAGAAAAAUCAAAUUUGGUUUACUGGAUUUUGCAACUUUUUUUGAUAUUGAAGUAAUGAAUUAAAACUCAUAAUCUUAUUGUUAAUAUUUUAUUUGUUACAAUUUUAUAAAAUUCGGUUAUGUUAUUCACAGGGUAGUUAAAUUGUUUAAGCAUAAUAUAGUUUCGCAAAACUAAAAUUAUGAGAAAUUUUCAAAAAUGUGAUUAUUUUUUAAGGAGCUCAAAAUAUCUCUAGUUGUUUUUGUUAUAACAGUGGCAGUUAUGGACAACAUGGUAACUAAUCCAUUAGUAGAUUUAAGAGUAGAAAGACUACUGUAUUUGUAUGCAGGGUACUCAUUAUUAUUAUGAUAUUUAUGAUGUUGUUUUCAAAACAAGGAUUUGAAAUUUAAGGUUCUUAAGAUAUUUACAUAUGCGAAAGUUGAGUGGGUUAUGUAUGUGAUAUAGACUAAAUAUUGUGAAUAUUUUCCCAGGAAUUGUUCUUAACUUAUAUCAUUUUGGGGGGUCAAGUGCAAAAUGUAAAAUGAGACAAAAAUAAAAUUGCGUAUUUCUAUUUAUGUACUUAACUGUUAUCUAUGGUAAUCUAAAAUAUAAAUGUUAGCUUGCUCAGAAGCCAAAUAAUGAAGAACUGGACACGAUGAGCAGUGAAUAUGGUCUUGUAUACUGACUAAGAAAAAGACCCAAAUCAAGAUAAUAGACCGCAAUCCAUCCAACAUCAGAAAAAUUGCUGAUUUCGAACUGGUAUAUAGGUUUAACUACCUCGGAUUAAAGGCAGUGACAAAGAAAUCAAAGGAAAAUUGGUAAUAGCAUGUAAAGCAACUGUAAAACUAACUCGUAUAAUAGAGAGACUCAGCAAUACCUACUUCACCAAAGUAAACGAAAACUAUUACACUUUAUUCUUUCCGGUUGACACAUAUACAUAUGAGACGCGGACGUUAAUGGUCACCAACCGAAGAAAAAUACAAAAGCUUUCGCAAUGUGGGCUUACAGAAAAAUGUCGCGAAUAUCAUAUACAGAAUAUUUUAAUUAUAAAGCAAAAGGUCAAUACAAGAAAAAGACCUAGAAAAAAUUAUUAUCGAGGGUAAAAUUAAUGGCAAGCGACCACGAGGAAAAUCUGACAAACGCAGGGUGAAUUAAACCAGAAGAAUUAUUAGCCAUGGUAUAGAUCAGGGGUCACCAAUUAAAUUUCCUGGGGGUCCGUUUCGAAAACCUAUGACACUUCCGGGGUCCGGAGUUAACACUACCUGUCUGGUUGUUCCAAUUCGAUAAACAAAUCAGAAGGGUGCAGUGCGAAAUUUUUAGGCAGAAAUUGUUUUUAACAGUUUUUUAAUAAAUCCAAAACAUCACCUUUUUUGCUUCCGAAAAUAUGUUUUUAGCAGUUUUAGGUCAACUUAAACAAAAAAUAUUUUUUGUCAUUUUCCUCAAAACUUGAUAGAUUUCAAGUUUUAAGCGAUUAAUAAACUGAAAAAUGCGAAAAUAAACAUUUUCGAAGCUUGAAAAUUCAUGUGUACAUUAUUAUUUUUGCGGUUGUUAAGUGCCUAAAUUGAAGUUUAAACAUUCAAUUUCAAGAUUCUUAUGGGUUAUCGGGGUUUAUUUCAAUUUCGACCGUUUGUUUUUAUUGGCGUAUUUAAUUAGCACAUUGGCAAUAAUUAAUUGAAUAAAUAAAUAAAUCAUUAAGAAAAAAAUAUGGUAAUAAUAAAUUAUAAAAUUUUAAUAAAUAUGAAGUAUUUGUUGGGCAUUUUUUGCAUAAGUACGUAUAAUAUGUAUAAUAAGUGCGACAGAGACGCACCAUAAAUUGCGAUGUGCGGCGACUUAAAAGUCGAGUGAGCUCGCAUAAUUAACAAUUAAAAAACAACGGUCUAUAUUGAAGUAAGUCACGAUUACUCGUUAAAAUCUUGAAAUUUAAUUUAUAAACUUCAAUUUAGGCACUUGGCAACCCGAAAACUAAUAAUUUACAUAUGAGUGUUCAAACCUUGAAACCUAUGAAACCUAUUUUCACAUUUUUCAGAUUUUAAAUCGCUUAUAACUCGAAAACCAUCAACUUUUGAAAAAAAUGACAUGGGACUUUUUUUAAAUACAAUUUUCGGGGCUAAAAGGUAAUUUUGAAUUUGUAUAAAAAUAUUGUUUUGCCCGGCAUCCCGGGCCACUUCUGAUUUGUUUAAGGGGACAUUUUUGAACAAGAAUCCACAAAACAAACCGAAUCAGAAAAUUUGUUAUUCUUUACAAAAUUAAAUUAUCAGUGAGAAUAAUGACAUUUUGUAUUAUGUACAACCUGUCUGAAGUUUGGAGUGCGUUUGGUGUAACUGAUUCUCAUUGGGGAGUUGAGAUAUUCAUUUGUUAGCUGAGAUCUGUACCGAUUUUUAAUAAAGUUCAUUCUUGAUAAACCGGCUUCGCACACAUAAGUUGAGUCAAAUAUAAUUUAAAAUUUCAUGGCCAAACACUUUCAAAAUUGUCCGCACAAGUAGCUCACGGUCCGUAUGCGGACCGCGGUCCGCUAAUUGGUGACCCCUGGUAUAGAUGAAGCUUCCCUAGCAGACCAAGAUGGAAAAGUUCCAUCCACGAUCCGAGCGAUCGAACCUGAAUAUCAUUUACUUUUUUAAGAACUAAAAGAGAAGAAAUUAUAAACAACCACAUACUCAACCACAUAAACUAUGGUCUUGUUGCUUAAACGUUGCUAAUUUUGCAAUUUUGGACUUUAACCAUUUUCCAUGUUAAUUUCUAUAAGAGUUGUGCCAGAACAUACAUUCUUUAUCUUCUGUGAAUAUAUUGUAUAUCGUAUUAAAUGAAAAUAAUGACAUUAAAUUAUUUUAUCAGUUUUUAAUAAACAUGGUCACCAUCAUUGGCACUUCAGCUCUUUAGAGCCAAAUCCUUAUUUAGAACAUACCGCUACUCGUAUUCCAUCCUAACUCUAGCAACUCUUCUCCACCUUCAAUGUCGAUGGAUAUUAAGUCGCCUUCAAAAGUUGUCCAGGUACCUACCUAGUUUCGGUCUACCUUUAGUCGUCGUCCCACGGACCCUCUUUGGUCGAAUACUUUUCUCAGCGUCUUAUCUUCCUCUCUUCUGAUUACAUGUCCAAUACAUCUGAGGCGGGCUGGGACCUUAAUGAAUUUCACAACGUCAUCUGCUCCGAAGCUUCUGUAUAACCGAAGUUGUAGCGACUAUGCCACAAACCCUGUUAUUUUAGUCCACCGUAUGUUAAUUUUAGAAUAUUUCACUCGAAAUGCAACUCUUGGUCAUUUUGUGUGAGACCACAUUUCAGCAUCGUAUGUUAAAGCUGGUCUUAUUAGUGUUUUACAUAUUAUCAGUUUAAUUUUUGUUGGAAGUUUUGAGGCCACUUGUCUUCCCAGGACAUACCUAGUUAUACGUUAUACUUAUCGGUAAGGACUAUACUUCUUUUGAUUUUUUCGCUGACUUUGUUGUAUUUGUCAAUUACAAACCUGGUAUAUGAAGGUGUCCACACCUUCUAACGCGAUAUCGUCAAUCAUUAGUCUAGAUAUCUGAUUACCACACUUGGAACACAAAUAUAUUUCAUUUUUUGGUCAUUUAUUUUUAGUUCCAUAUUCAGUCCAGAUACCCUUAAUUGCCAAAAAGCUUAUGUGGAGGUCUCUAUGGACCUGGCGAUAAUAUAAAUGUAUGUAUAUCCAACCACUUGUAAGAUUUGUUAAAUAUUGUACAACUUGUAUCAAUAUGGGAUUCACGAAUAACCUUUUCCAGCGCAAGUUUAAAAAGAACGAGCGAUGGUCCAUCACUUAGUCUUAACUCGUUUUUGCAACGAAGUUUUGCUUGAAGUAUCGUUCUGGAUUAUUACCAUACUAUUUGUGCGUUUGCAUGUUAGUUCCGUUAGUAACAAGCUGGAAUGCUACUUGGCAUUCCACCAUAGCCUGGAACAGCUUCUGUCUAUCAAGAGUCAUAGGCUGCCUUGAAAUCCACGAAUAUAUGGUGGGUUUCUACAUCAAAUUCUAAGGUUUUAAGUUUACGUCAAGAUCAAAGAUUCAGUAGAGUUGUAGAGUCAUACAAAAAGUCACAAAAAUAAAAUAAUAUUGGUGCAAAUACGUGGUGCGGUCUAUAUGACAAUCUGAAAAUAGAUGGGCCCGUAGAGAAAUAGAGGCCAAGUCAAAUGAAAAGAUAUAUAAGCAGGCGGCCCUAGAAAAGAUCCUCGUCCUAAGUGCCUUCACUAUUGAAGUUGGCGAUCAAUAUGGCAAAUUUCUCUCUGUUCUGGGCUUGAUGAAUUAAGUCAUUCCCUGUUGUGUGGGUCCAAUCUCUGAUGUUUCAGAGCCAGGAUUUUUUCUUUCUUCCUAUACCCCUUUUUCCUUCGAUUUUGCCUUCUGAUAUUACCUGCAGCUGCUCAAAUUCCCUAUGGCGCAUUAUGAGUCCUAGAUAUGACGUCUUUCUAAUUUUGAUUGUGUUGACCAGAUGAGGACGUGUGAUCAUUAUUUCCAGUACUUCUUCAUUCGUAGUUCUGCUGGCCCAGUUUAUUCAUAGCAUUCGGUGGUACAUCCACAUUUCGAAUGAAUUUAGUUUAUUGACGUCAUACUGUUUUAAUGUCCAGGUCUCACAGCCAUAUAGUAAUAAAGAGCACACAUAACAUUUUAGUGUACUCAAUCUUAUUGUGACUGAUAUCUUGGUGUUACAGAGCAUUUUACGCAUGUUCAUGAAACUAGACUUUACUAUUUCAAUGCGCCUUCUUGAUUUUGGUUUUGGUAAAGUUAAUGUCCAAGCUUAGCCUGUGACUUUCUUCUGAUAAUAUGUUAAUCAAUAUUUUUAGUUACUCUUCUGUUUCUGCUAAUACAUACUACGGUGUCAUCUGCUAAUACUAGAAAAGAUCAAUAGCUGAUAUUCAAACUAAAGCAGGAAAACUUUGAGUAUACAAAGCACAUGACAGAAAUUAGUGGAAAAACUUAGAUGAUACCUAUUACCAGGAGUAAAUGAAUAUGAAUUUAAAAAAGGAGAAGGAUGUUUUGAGCUACAUUAUUAGAGAUGUACCCUUAUUUUAUUUAUAUGCUUUGUAGUCUGUAUUUUGAGCAAGUUUUUAAAUAUAUAGUUUUAAUGCUCGAAAAAUCGAUUUAUACCUAUAUUUACUGUUUAUUAUAUUUAGUUAUAGGCUUAAUUAUUAUAAACAUAUUAUGACUUAAGAACAAUUUCUAUAAAAUGUAAUUUUGUAUUUCUUGUAUGAUUGAAACAAAGAAUGAGUGAAUAUAAGUUGAUUUUUUUAUUCAAAACUGGUUGCAAUAGACCACGAGAACCUAUGUAGUAAAUACUUAGUUUAAAGAAAUUAUGGAGUGUUCGUAACUUACUCACAUGGUACGCUUUUAAGUAUGCAAGAUUCGCUCAGAAAGAAGUUGAGUCUUCUAAUUGUGAUGAUAGUUAAGAAAAGUUAUUAUUCGAGUUGCCGUUUUCUGAGCAUUUUGUAUAGCCAGUUAUUUGUUGCCAAAUAGUUGAUGUAUAUUUAAUGUAAUAAUCAAAAUGUGGACAUCGUAACCUUAUCAAAUGGAUAAUUAAGUAAUACAAAGUUAGAAAUAAUAUACUUUUUAGUGUGUUCUCUAUUUAACAAGUUUUUACAGUGACUAGUUUAAGAGAAACAAAAACAUUUUAUAGACUUUUAUUAUAGUUCUAUCUAUGCAUUUUAAAUUAACAUAGAUGUCAUGAAAAAUUCUGGGCUUCCUCUUAUAUUGUAGUCAUUGCCAAAUUACUUAGAUGUGCUCUUAAACAAUAUUUUAGAUUCAAAAUGGUUAGCUUAAGAAGAGUAAAAUAAAAUAGUCUAGACGAAACAUUUUUUCUUAUAUCGUUUUUUAUUCAUAAACAGAAAAAGGAAAAACUGUAAGAGAGAUGAACGAAAUGGCAAAGAAUAGAAGAGAGUGUUUAAAUUGAUAAAUGGUAAAACAGGAAUCUCACUCCGAUACCUUAAAGAGUAUGGGCAUUAGAAGAAGAAGAAGAGAUUUCGAUCGAAUACACGUAUUCGGAAAAAAAGCAUUUUCGCCAUCUGCAAAGAUGUAAUCCUUUACCUCCUCGUCUUUGUAACCUAUACAUUCAUCGUUACAUCACUUUCCAUGAGUUUUUGAUGGGUUUCUAUGGAAUAUCGAUUUUGUGAAUUUCUGUAUGAAAAGUUUCUCUGCAUCUGCUGAUUUUUUAUAAAAAUCUUUAAUAUAGAGACCGCUUUUUUAUGUGAUAAUUAAUCAUCUCAAAAUUGCUAAUUAGACGUCGUAAUGAUGAGUUUUCCUUUUUUUUCUAGUCUAUUAUAUUAGGGGUUGAAAACGUGGAAUAAUCUUGGGAUAUAUUUAAUAUUUGUAAGUAUGUUCUAAUGGACCUUAAUUAGUUAAAUUAUUUUUUUUAUUUUUAUUUCUAUGCUCCAAUCCGAAUGUUAGACUGGCUAACGCGGCUAAUUUUGUCUGAUAUGUUGCUGGAUCUUUUUUCGUUGAUGAUAUGGUGCCUCAGAGUUUAGUCAGUAAUCUCGAUAAGACUUAUUGCCAGUAAAUCAAAAAUUAUUAUUUUUAAACUUUCAGUUCAUUAUCUAAUCGUUACUAAUCAAGUACAAAGUUUAUAAAUGUGUUUUAGUAGACUAAUAGAACGACAAUUUUUGAGACCUGUCCUAUUUUAAAUAAAACAAUAUUUACUACUGUA